AACCGACUGGUUAUGUAGAGCAUUCUUCGGGAAGUCCCGUCGUGGACUGUAAGUGUAACACUGUGCAACACAUCCAUUGCAGGUCCUGAUAUAACUACAUAUAUGCGUUUAUAUAUGGUGGUUUAUACGCAUGCGCAACUUGAAUCAAUCCCGACUGCCAGUCCGUUUUGUACAGCACUUCCACCACAUAGUCUCCGACCCACCCAUCUCCUCCCCUUGCUGCUGCUUCUCGCCGACUGAAAACCUGGCAGCCAGAAUCAAUAUAGACAGGACAGUUCAUAGACAAUAAUAUAGUCAUGCCGACAACCGACAUCAUUGUCUUCGGUGCUACCGGUUUCACCGGCCGCUUGAUCACCGACUACCUAGCCCACCACCCCCAACGCGCGUCUUUCACUUUCGGUGUUGCGGGACGUUCUCGAGCCAAGCUUGAGGCGCUGAAGAAGGAUUUGGAUCUGGACGACAGUAUAAACCUCGUCCGACUGGAUGUGACGAGCGAGGAGCAAGUGGAGGAGGCGGUCAAGAGUGCGCAGGUGGUCAUCAACACGGUUGGGCCGUUUCUUUACUGGGGUGAGACCGUCUUGAGGGCGUGUGUGAAGCACCGAACACAAUAUGUGGACCUGUGUGGGGAGACAACAUGGAUACGCGACAUGAUCCUCAAAUACGACUACGUCGCAAGCAAAGCUGGCGUACUUCUCGUUCCCUCCUGCGGGUUUGACUCAGUGCCCGCGGACAUCGUCGUCUACCUCGCCAACAAAACCCUCAAGGCCGCCUUGGGCCCGCGCGCAUCGCUCGGACCGUCGCUUGCAGUCUACCGCGCGAACGCCGGAGUCUCCGGCGGCACACUAGCUACCAUGAUGGCGAUCGCAGAGAACGUGCCGAUCGAGAAACUGCAAGAGGCGCAGGCCGACUAUGCUCUCGGACCCGCGGUCGGGAAGUCGGGCGCGAAGGGCAGGCUGUGGUACGAGGUGCCGUUCUCAGAGCCGAACCGCUUUGCGAUGGACUUCUUCAUGGCUCCGAGCAACCGCGCGAUCGUGCAGCGCUCCUGGGCACUGAAUGUCACCGCUGCCGCGGCGAAGGCGUCGAAGGUCUCGUCAGCCGAAGAAGAAGACGAACUCGCGCGGUCCCUAUAUGGUCAGGAGUUCACGUACGACGAGUGUCUGGAGCAGUGGCCCGCGCGGGGUGUGCUGGGCUGGCUGAGCGUCACAGGCGCGAGCUUAGCGUUCGCAAUGCUAAUGGCGCUGUUCGUGUUGGCUCCUCCGGUAAGAUGGCUCUUGAAGGAAUUGGGGACCCCGCCGGGGCAGGGCCCAUCAGAGGAGAAGAUGAAGAUGGGCUUCUUCGAGAUCACAAACCAAUCCAGGUCGGUGCAUGCACCGGGAAUCCCAGAGGUGGACGUCAGGACCGUCAUGCACGGGCGGGGCGGCGACCCUGGCUACCUCCUCACCGCUCGGAUGAUCUCGGAGUGUGCGCUCGCGAUCGCGCUGGAGAAGGACAAGCUGCCGCGGAUGGCGCAGGAGGGCGGGAUCCUCACGCCUGCGACGGCGUUCGGCGAUGUGCUGAUUAGGAGACUAGAGGCGAGCGGGUCGUUCUCGUUUGAGAGCCACGUGGUUACGCCUGAGGAAGUUUGCACGCUUGGGGAGGACGAGAGGAAGCAACGUUGAGGUUGGUGGCGUACUUUGUUACUCUACCUUGAGUCGAGACCCCAAACACGACCUCACCGUGGAGGAGGGUGUAUGGAGAGUGCGGGCAACAUCGUUGCCCUCUAGUAAUUGCGGUUAUUCCUCAUUCAUUCACGCUGUGUGGAUGACCAUCCUUAUCAUUGACCUGGCGACGGCGCUGUAUUCACUCAAUCGCUGCUGCGUCUUAGCUAAGUACUUACUCGCGACAGGAAAGCACACGUGAUCGCGUUCAGCAAGAGCACCGAGGAGUAAAAAAGGCAGCUGUCCAAACUGGUAUCGAAUCCCCUCCUCCUCCUCCUCCUCGGGCUCUAAUAGCUAUUUCGUGUGUCAUGCACAAACCAAAGAAACUUAGGCUUGGAAGCUUGAAUACUUAAUGAUUUUCAGCGAGA